CUGCAGCAGAGCGUCCAGAACCAUGCGGAUCCUCCGUGCGGUGCACAAACUGACCGCGAGUCAUAACGCUGGUAUUCACAACCACACUGACUUGUCUGGAACCAACACCGAGCAGGAUUCACGGUUUCACGAGUCAAAACCUUUCCCCCCCACGUGGAUAGUCGAGUAAGAAAAUACAAGUUGAACUUUCGUUUAGUUUUUUUUUUUGUAGUUUACUUUGGGCGCGAAGGGCUGUGUUGGAGCUCUACACGGGAGAGAGGAGGAGGAAGAAUAAAACUGAAACGACAGUUGGUGGAGUCGAGGUAGGAACACGGGAGAAUGGAGGUGCAGGUGCCAGGAAUGCAGAGUUCCCAGGGAGACCCCGAGGAACUUUUCACCAAGUUGGAGCGAAUCGGUAAAGGAUCAUUUGGUGAGGUCUUCAAAGGCAUCGAUAAUCGCACCCAGAGCGUAGUAGCCAUUAAGACUAUAGAUCUGGAAGAGGCCGAAGAUGAUAUUGAAGAUAUACAACAAGAGAUCACCGUACUGAGUCAAUGUGACAGUCCCUAUGUCACCAAGUACUAUGGGUCAUACCUAAAGGGCAGUAAACUAUGGAUCAUCAUGGAGUAUCUAGGAGGGGGCUCAGCUCUAGACCUGUUGCGUGCAGGUCCGUUUGAUGAGUGCCAGAUUGCCACCAUGCUGAGGGAGAUUCUGAAGGGUCUGGACUAUCUUCACUCGGAGAAGAAGAUUCACAGAGAUAUUAAAGCUGCCAACAUCCUCCUCUCUGAGCAGGGGGAGGUGAAGCUAGCAGACUUUGGAGUGGCUGGACAGCUGACCGACACCCAGAUGAAGAGAGAGACAUUUGUAGGCACACCGUUCUGGAUGGCACCUGAAGUCAUACAACAGUCUUCUUAUGAUCACAAGGCUGAUAUCUGGUCUUUAGGUAUAACAGCUAUAGAGCUGGCUAAAGGAGAGCCUCCUAACAGUGACAUACACCCUAUGAAGGUUCUCUUCCUGAUCCCAAAGAGCAGUCCUCCGUCCCUCGGGGAAGACUUCUCGAAGAGUUUCAAGGAUUUCACAGACUCCUGUCUCAAUAAGGAUCCAGUCUUCAGACCCUCAGCCAGAGAGUUGUUGAAACAUAAGUUCAUAGAGAAGAACUGUAAGAGGACUUCCUAUCUGACUGAACUGAUUGACAGGUUAAAGAGAUGGAAGACUGAAGAACACAGCGAUGACGACUCUAGCUCAGACGACGAUAGUGAGUCCAGUGACAAGGAGAACAGUCCAUCUCAACCCGCGUGGUCGUUCACCACCAUACGGAAGAAAGAUAAGGAAGGCAGGAAGGACCAGCACAGUUUAUCCACAGUCAUCUCUCCAGUCUUCUCAGAGCUGAAGUCUGAUCACAGGGAUGAACAGAGACGUGCCAUAGAGGAGUUGGAGAGAAACAUCAGACUGACUGAAGACCUCUGUCCUGGAAUCACAGACAAGAUGGUUGCCAAGAUCAUGACACGCUUCAGCACGUUGACUCCAACAUAAAAGAGAAGAUGGAAGGAGAGAGAUUCCAGAUAAACGAGGCAAGAAAGAAGAAGUGCAGAAAUUCUGUCUAGUCAUGUCGACACACACACACACAACACACAACACACACACACACCAGUAAUGUAACUAAACGUUCCUUUCUUGCUGAAUAUCGGACUCAGUAGAUAAGGCUUUUCUUUACUGUCUACCACGAGACAUAGAGCUGAAUAUCUUGGGACACAGUAGAUAAGGCUUUUCUCUACUAUCUACCUCGAGACAUAGAGCUGAAUAUCUUGGGACUCAGUAGAUAAGGCUUUUCUCUACUGUCUACCACGAGACAUAGAGCUGAAUACCUUGGGACUCAGUAGAUAAGGCUUUACUCUACUGUCUACCACGAGACAUAGAGCUGAAUACCUUGGGACUCAGUAGAUAAGGCUUUACUCUACUGUCUACCACGAGACAUAGAGCUGAGUACCUUGGGACUCAGUAGAUAAGGCUUUACUCUACUGUCUACCACGAGACAUAGAGCUGAAUACCUUGGGACUCAGUAGAUAAGGCUUUUCUCUACUGUCUACCUCGAGACAUAGAGCUGAAUACCUUGGGACUCAGUAGAUAAGGCUUUACUCUACUGUCUACCACGAGACAUAGAGCUGAAUACCUUGGGACUCAGUAGAUAAGGCUUUUCUCUACUGUCUACCUCGAGACAUAGAGCUGAAUACCUUGGGACUCAGUAGAUAAGGCUUUUCUCUACUGUCUACCUCGAGACAUAGAGCUGAAUAUCUUGGGACUCAGUAGAUAAGGCCAGUGUUCUAUUCUAGAAUUCAGUUAGAAUGUCAUCCCACCGACAUUCCAGUUCCGUAACCAUUCAUCCCCAGUGUUCUAUUCUAGAAUUCAGUUAGAAUGUCAUCCCACCGACAUUCCAGUUCCGUAACCAUUCAUCCCCAGUGUUCUAUUCUAGAAUUCAGUUAGAAUGUCAUCCCACCGACAUUCCAGUUCCGUAACCAUUCAUCCCCAGUGUUCUAUUCUAGAAUUCAGUUAGAAUGUCAUCCCACCGACAUUCCAGUUCCGUAACCAUUCAUCCCCAGUGUUCUAUUCUAGAAUUCAGUUAGAAUGUCAUCCCACCGACAUUCCAGUUCCGUAACCAUUCAUCCCCAGUGUUCUAUUCUAGAAUUCAGUUAGAAUGUCAUCCCACCGACAUUCCAGUUCCGUAGCCAUCUAGAACCCUUUUUCACAUUUCCUUCUCCCAUUCUAAAAUAAAUAACUCAGGGCUGUACUUUUGAAAUCUGUACCUGUAUAUUGGGAAAGAUUUGAAACAUGUUCUUGGUUUUAUAUGGGAUUAGUAGUUCAUACAUGUCUGGGAAAGUUUGAAAAUGUUGUGUGAUCCAUUUUUAUAUUUCAAUAGAUGUUGAAAGAGUAAUGUUGUAAAUAUAGUUUGAUCAAAAUUGUGUGUGUGUUGGUACCAGUAUAGAGUUUUGGGUAGAAAUGCUGAGGGGAAAAUUUGUUUAACAGUCAAUUGUACAAGUUUGAAAGUUAAUUUGUGUGCGUUUUUUAAAUUUUUUUAUUUGAAUUAUUUUUUAGGUUUUCUUUUAGGGGGAAUAAAUGUUAAAUUUUGGCCUUCAUUUAUUUAACCUUUUGGCCUCUGUGUUGGUUUGAUUGUCAACGCCUCUGAAUCUAUGUAGUAAGUGUUUAGUAAAAUGGGUAUUGAUUUUAUAUCCAGGACCCGUUUUUCAAAAAGUGUCUCAGUAGAAGUUAGAAGUUCUGAUCUAAGAUCAGGUCCAUAUCAGGGUUGGGGUCAAUUCCAUUCAGUAAAAUAUUUUGAAAUUGUUGCAUGUUACAAUUUAUUUUUGUUCGGUAUAAAAUGCUUUAUGAUGUACAGAUCAUGUUUGUUUCCGUAUCUCAAGUAAAGACACAUCAUACACAUUA